GGGAAGGAUGAAAACGAAGACAUGGAAGUGGGCCGACAUCGAGAGCAGGCUCGUGCAGAUGGGGGUGACGAGUAGAAAGGCCGACGACUUCGGGAAAAAAUGGGACAACCUGCACAUGCAGUUCAAAAUUGUGCACAAGUUCAUGGGAGAAUCGGGGAAGCCUGAUUUCUUCACACUGACGCCCCGGGAGAGAAAGGAGCGGGGGUUCGAUUUUCGGAUGGACGAGCGUGUGUAUUCGGAGAUGAAGGCCACGUCUAGGGGCGAUCACACUAUACACCCCACGAAUCUGGCGGACACGGGUGCAGCGGGAGGUGUUCAACUGCCCGGCCGACCUGGAGGUCGGAACGAUUCAGGCGGUAGUGACGGAUGCGGGGAUGGGCAGGACGACGAUCAGGGAUCGACGCGGAAUUCAAGUUUCAGUGGCGGCGGUGCGGGCGGGUGCGGCAAAAGGAAGAAUGUGAGACAACAGACCUUCGACACCAUUGCGGACGUCAUAAAGGAACACGGGAGUCCGAUGGCGACGACGGUGGACAGCACGAGCAAGAGGCAGUGCUCAAUUUUGACUAGGCAAUGCGACAUUCUUGAGCGAGAGCUAGAAGUGCAGAAGGACCACUACUCCCCCUUCACGCGCCGCAAGCACGUGCUCUUUUUUAGCUGGCCAUCAUCGUCGCGGCUCCUGCCCACCACGAUUGCGCAUCGUCCACAUGCUCCGUCAACGACGUGGCCAUCGUCGAUCUCCACGCGUCCUACUUCCACGUGCUCCUUCGUCGACAUGCUCCUUCGUCCACGUGCUCGUCGUUGCCGAGUUGCGGACGACAUGGCCCCGAGAAACGCAUCAGUGAAGGUCAGGAAAGAUAGCGGGGCGGGCGACGGGGGGGGAACCCAGAGAGGCAGAGGGCAUGUGCCUAAGUUGAAAAGGCAGCGCGUUGAAGAGGCGAGCUCUGACCACACAAGAGACUUCCAGCCAGAAGAAGUGCUGAUAGUGGACGCGCAAGGGAUUUUAGCGGCGGCGCGAUUGGGUUUCGGCCAAGAUGGGGUGUCGAAGGAACAGUUGUCCGCUCUGAAGCGGAGCAUUGCUGUUGGUGCUGCCGAGGCGUCGCAAAGGACCCCGAAGGCGGCAGGGGUUGUCAUAACGGAGGUGUGCGUGCCGAGGCAACUUCCCGCGACAGUGGGGCAAGGCCAGCCACGUCAGGCACUCCCCCUGCAACAGGUGGGGGCUUCAGGGGGAGGGAAAGCACAGUCCGCGCAAAAGGGCAAUGCAACGGCGACCGACACUCGGACGGCGGCGGCGGAUCACAGCAGUAGAAGCGGAGUCGCCGAAGGUGCGGCCGAAGAGAGGGUAGACGAUGUCCGCCGCGACGAUGGAAGAAGAGACGGAAAGCGGGAGGGCGACGACGACGACGACCGUCCACUUGUGAAGAGGUUGAAGGGAGCCGCAAAGGAGGAUGGUCUGGAGGAGAGAUCAAAGUUGUGGGUUGAUUGCGACUCUUUCUGGGGUCAGGGACCGGGGAAACCCUUGAGGGAGGCGGUUGGCGAGUGCGAGGACUACUUCAUCUCCAUCCCCAACGGAGACGUAGGAGCUGAACCGCCUGCGAUGCUCAUACGGCCGCAGAACAACGUGCCGCGCUUCAAGAUCGAGGACCCUGCGCAGCGUGAACCGGCUCUGCGCAGAGCGCGCAGCGUGGAGAAAGUGGUGCUGCGCGCCAUCCACGGCUGGAUCUUCAAAUCGUCGUCGCGGCCGGCUGGAUUCGCUCGUGCAGAGUCGUACAUCAGCAUCGACAUUGCCAUGGACGUCGCACGAGCAGUUUGGCAGGGGCAGGAAUGGUCGAACGUGGUUUCCCCUGCACUCGUGUACCACACUCUGGCGAUGAAGAUGGACGUGCCUCUGUGGUUCGCGGGGGUGAAGAUUGUGGAUCGGCCCGAGGACGACGACAUGGCGGCGCGGCAGGAGGCGACAGUUCUUUGCGUCGCGGAGUGCUGGACAGAGGCACUGUGGUGUGGACAAUGGGUGGACGGCGGUCGCGUGAAACAGGAGAGGUUGUCUAGGCUUGCGGACUGUCUUCAAGCGCUGUUGAGCGCGUGCAUGUGGAUCAUGCGCAUGGGUGGUGACGACGACCGUUCGCACUACGAGGCGUGCCUUAACUCGUCCAUGGUCGCCAAACCGACAAUGAUAGCGGCGGGGUCGUACAUCUUCAACUGGUGGCGACACAUCGUCGACAACGCGAACCUCGUCUUGGAUCGUAUAGGGAAGGUUCACCUCACGCUGGGAGAAUACCCGCACUGCAUUCCGGAAUGGUGUGACUGCGGGUUGGUGUUCGGCCACAACGCGACCCUGAAGAACGCAGCGGAAGCCGCGAAAGACGGAUGGAUCGGCAGCGGGCCCGCUGCGGAGGAAGAGGGAGACGAGGACGGUUAUCACAUGACGCACGCGUGAAUGGCCAUCUCAUUGUCGUCCGCAUCGUUUUCUGUAUGAGGCCCUUUCUUUCGAUUUCACCUAUCGCGGCAUCGUUGUCA